CAGUACCUUACCUGGAACGCAGCAUCUUGGAUAGGCGCACUUCGGCAGCACCACCCCUCCAUCCCGUCCGGUGUAGUAUCAAUCAUCAAAUGAGCAUGGGGUAGUGCACCCUAGCAAUUCAACGGCCGACAACCUCCGCAUCCUCGACUGGGGCAGUUGCCCGCUGAUCCCGUAGACGGCUCCUUCCAUGGGACCUCUUGGUCGCAACUCCACCGCUGGUUGACUUUCAACCUGAGGCCGGGCCGCCACGCCAUCGAUCAACCAUGGCCUCUUUCGACCUGGAGAAGCGCGCCAUCGCCUCGGCCGAAGGCAACUAUGUCUCGCAAACCUUUAAAGAGAAUACUCCAAGGCGGCGGGGCUUCCAUUGGUUGGCACUCCUCCUCGGCACCCUUUCCAUCUUUUCAAUCGCUGUGGCAGCAUCCCGCCGAUGCUCCGCGGCGACUUCGCUGUUCUCCAGCUAUGGCGCAUCGCGGACCUCCCGUUCUCAUUCCGCGCCCGGAUCGCAACCAGGCUACAACCGGUUACCAGGUAGGAAGGCCUGGGAGGCCACCACAGCGACCACGUCGUCCGCAACACCUCACCCAACCGUCCUCAAGACCUUUGAGGUUGCCCAGCCGGUCUUGAUGCCGGACGGUCCCGCUGAGAGCGACGGAUCUACUCGCAACGCGACGGAUUAUUCGCCCGAGUUGUGUACCGUCCUGCUGAUGCGCCAUGACUUUGCCUGGAGCUACGAUGCGCCCUUCAUGGGGGAAUACACUCCGCCCGAUUGCGAGUUCAAUCGAGUGGUGCUUAAUUUCAGCGUCGUGAGUGAGGGCCGGCAAUUUGACCGCCUUGCCAUCAUGUACUUUGGUGAUACGGAAGUUUGGAGAACAUCGACAGCUGAACCCACUGCGCCGCCUGGGAUCAGCUGGACAUACCUUAAGGAUAUGACCCAAUACCUUUACUUCUGGAAAUCACCUCAAAAGAUCAUCUUUGAUCUCGGCAACCUAAUUGAUGACAAGUACACCGGGAUCUUCAACACCACCUUGACGGCCAUUUUCUACAAUCGUGAUAUCAAGACCGACCAGGCACCGCCGAGUGACCUGAUCAUCCCAAUAUCGGCUCACCGCGGGGCCAACAACUCGAUCAGCCGCUUCAUUUUGCCCACGGAGAACGCCACUAACACCAUCACCCUCCCUCGAAACAUCCGCCGAGCCGUAUUCUCAGUCUCGGCUAACGGCCAAGCAAGCGAAGAAUUUUGGUGGAGCAAUGUCCUGCAGACAGACGUUGACACCUUCAGCGCCACCGCGGGCGAGCUUCCGGGUCUGAGCCCUUUCCGCGAGGUCCAGGUGCUCAUUGACGGCCGUCUAGCUGGCGUUCAGUGGCCCUUUCCAGUCAUAUUCACCGGCGGAGUCGUCCCCUCGCUGCAUCGGCCCAUCGUGGGCAUCCACGCUUUCGAUCUCCGCGAACACGAGAUCGACAUCAGCCCGUUCCUCGGCCUGCUCUGCGACGGUAAGGAGCAUACCUUUACCAUCCGCGUCGCCGGUCUCAACAACACCAGCCACACCGCAGCCACGCUCACCAACACGGUCAACGAAAGCUGGUACGUGACCGGCAAGCUCUUCCUCUGGCUCGACUCGGACCCCUCUUCCAUCACCCGCGGCGAGAUCCCCAUCAUCAUGCAACCGGCCCCGGCCAUCUCCACCACCCGCUCCGUCACCAGUUCCCUCAUCAACGGCACAACCGAGGCCAACGAGACGCUCACCUACACCACCUCGGUGCGCCGCUCCCUGCGCAUCACCUCCAACACCGCCUCGUGGACCCAGUCCCUCACCUACACCAACAAGGGCCACGUCUCCGCCUUCGGCUACACGCAGUUCAACAACCUCCUCAUCUCGGGCUCCGACACCCUCAGGAUCGCCUCCCCGUCCGUCCGCUACCACGCCACCUACCGCUACCCGAUCCUCUGCAACUCGACCUACUCGGUCUCCCCCCAGGGCAACCUCUCCAUCUCGGCGUACCUCAGCCAUGGCAAGAGCGUGUCCGUGUCCGGCGCGAGCGUCUUCCCCACGGGGCUGGAGGCGUUUCAGCGGUAUGCUGGCAAGGGGUCGACGAGCCGGGUCGAGACGACCAAGGUGGGCACGGCCGAGUUCCGGCAGACCGGGGAUGGGAGAUCGAGCACCGGGUGGGGGGAGGCGAAGCAGUGGUUCUGGUUCGGUCUGGAGGAGGCGGUGGUGGAGGAUGGUGGCUCUGGCACCGGUGCGAACCCAGGAACUGGCGGCGAUGUCGAAAGCCCGGAGGACCGACGCGGAAAGGAAUUAGAGCUCUACUAUAGGGAGGUGGAAGCUGUCAACGGGACUGUGGUAGGAGAUUUGAGGAGAUUGGACGGGAAGGCAGUGAGUAGUGGCAGUGGUGGUGAUGGUGAAGGGCAGCAAAAAGUUCUUGUGAACGCUGCUGCUAUGCAGUAUGCUUAGAAGGACGGAUUGUAGGUUGGAGAUUGAUGUUUCCUCGGAAUCGAAGCAGUCUAUGGCCGCUGAUUGAUGGAAUGAAGAGGUUAUAGUUGCUCUGUGUGGCAUAGUUGUCGUACUCUAGCAAGGAUGAUCUCGAGAGAGACUGGGAGUUGCGAUGACAACCCUCCAAAAAAAAGUAUCGAGAUCCUCUGAACGUCUUCGUUCGACGUUUUGAACAAAGUUAGGUAGAUCAAGUGCUAGUCGGGGAGCAGAGGCCCAUGGCCUUGGCUGUAGUGAGAUAUCUAGGUCUUUCGAGAGGCUGGAGAUAGCGUUCGGUUCCAGCAAACAAAACCUCUUGAGCAACUGUUUCAACAAAGUGGACGAAGCUUAUCAAAAGUUCUAGUGAUGUCUUGUUGAACUCAUUAAGUUCACUCUACUGUUAAUAUCGGC